AUGCAACCACACAAUGCAGCCAGUGUGUACAUUGUAGCCAGUGUACACAAUGCAGCAAAUAUACACAAUGCAGCCAGAGUACACAAUGCAGCCAGUGUACACAGUAUGGCCAGUGUACACAAUGCAGCCAGUAUACACAAUGCGGCCAGUGUAUACGUUGCAGCCAGUGUACACGAUGUAGCAAAUAUACACAAUGCAGCCAGAGUACACAAUGCGGCCAGAGUACACAGUGUGGCCAGUGUACACAAUGCAGCCAGUGUAUACAAUGCAGCCAAUGUACACAAUGUGGCCAGUGUAUACAUUGCAGCCAGUGUGCACGAUGCAGCGAAUAUACAUAAUGCAGCCAGAGUACACAAUUCAGCCAGAGUACACAGUGUACACAAUGCAGCCGGUGUACACAAUGCAGCCAGUGUAUACAUUGCAGCCAGUGUGCACGAUGCAGCGAAUAUACACAAUGCAGCCAGAGUACACAAUUCAGCCAGAGUACACAGUGUACACAAUGCAGCCAGUGUAUGCAAUGAGGUGGGUUGUGGGAAAUGUUGUAAAGCUUGA